CGCAAAUAACAUCCGUCCAAUCACUCAGUCCGUACACGACGAGGCUCUCGGCGCUUGUCCUUUAUUUUCGUUCUUAACAGAAUAAUAAUGGAUAUUCCAGUUUCUUUGACUCGUCCGUUCCCUACUGUGUCGACUCACCGCGAGUUGAAAGUACUUUACAACCACAACCACCUCUCGAUGAACUACUACCGAGUCAUACACGAACUAAUUCCACCGAGUCGACUCAGAAUCUCCAUUGAUUCGACCGUUCUCUUGGCUCUGAGCUUCAUUACCACCAAAUUCUCUCUCUGGUUUGGCUCCGGACCCAUGUCCUCCUCUUCCGCUUCUUCGCCGUCCGAAAACGACGCCGAAUCGUUUCGCCGAGACCGUAUUCUCUCUACCAAGCUCUACUUCGAUGUUCCCACAUCCAAGGUGCCGGUGAUUUACUCGUCGACAUACGACAUUGCGUUUCUCGGCGUAGAGAAGCUGCAUCCAUUUGAUUCUGCUAAAUGGGGACGUAUUUGUGGAUUCCUAAUCAAGGAUGGCAUUUUAGACAAAAAUUGUAUUGUAGAGCCUUUGGAAGCUUCAAAGGAUGAUCUCCUUGUGGUCCAUUCAGAAACGUACUUGAGUAGUUUGAAGAGCAGUGUAAAUGUUGCAAUGAUAAUUGAGGUACCUCCUGUAGCGCUAUUUCCCAAUUGCCUAGUGCAGCAGAAAGUUCUUCGCCCAUUCCGCAACCAAGUUGGGGGGACUAUUUUGGCUGCAAAGCUUGCGAAAGAGCGAGGGUGGGCCAUCAAUGUCGGAGGAGGGUUUCAUCAUUGUUCUGGGAAUAAAGGAGGUGGAUUUUGUACUUAUGCAGACAUUUCUCUUUGCAUACACUUUGCCUUUGUUCGAUUAAACAUAUCAAGGGUGAUGAUUAUUGAUCUUGAUGCACAUCAAGGCAAUGGCCAUGAAACAGAUUUUGCCAAUGACAGUCGAGUCUAUAUUCUGGACAUGUUCAACCCUGGGAUAUAUCCAUUAGAUUAUGAGGCAAGGAGAUAUAUAGAUCAGAAGGUUGAAGUACCAAGUGGCACUGCAACAGAUGAGUACUUAAAAAAGUUAGAUGAAGCACUUGAGGUGGCGGCGGAUACGUUUGAUCCAGAGUUGGUAGUCUAUAAUGCCGGAACUGAUAUCCUAGAUGGAGAUCCACUGGGAAUGUUGAGGAUUAGUCCUGAUGGGAUAACCACUAGAGAUGAGAAAGUUUUCAGGUUUGCCCGUGUGAGGAACAUUCCUAUUGUCAUGCUCACAUCAGGCGGGUAUAUGAAGUCCAGCGCCGGAGUUAUAGCAGAUUCGAUAACCAAUCUGUCUAAAAAGUGUCUGAUAGAUACAAGUAAAAAUCCAACUGCUGCAUAGUGUUGUCACUCUUUGUAGAUGUGCAGAAAAUCUUUUCUUUCUUUUCUUCUUCUUUGUUUUUUUUUCUUUUUUGGUAGAAGACACGUGUUAUAUUUCUGUUUCUUUCUAAAUGGGAUGUAUAUUGGUAGGUGCUACACUUUUUUUUUUUUUUUGAAAGGUAAAUGCUAUAG